AUGAAUUUUCCGGUGAUCAAAGUUUUCUUUAUUUGUGCAAUAACCAGUAUACAGGCGAAACCACAGUAUAUUGUUGACAUCAUAGACGUCGAAUGGAAUGUAACCACUGAGAACUUGGAUAUGGAAUGGGCAAUUUCACAACCUAAACGUGGAGUUUUUGCCGUCACUGGAUUUAUGGAUUUCAAAGAAGAUAUCGAUACAGACAAUGCCAAGGGUUGGGUCAAUAUCUACUACAGCUCCAAUGCCGUUUCCUACAUGUUGACACCGUUCCGAAUACCGCCCACAGUGUUCACAGACGGUGUUAAUUUUCUGUACAAACAUUAUUUAAUGGACGAAUUAAAGGAAUGUUGUGAAAAUCCAAUCGAUUUUGUAGAUAAAUUUGUGGAACCUUUAACCAAACGUCGAAUGAUUUGUGAGAACUGUUUACUGCCAAGUGAUAAUUUCCCCACACACAUGCGUAUGGGAUUCUAUAAGUUGGAGGGAAUUUCAGUGGGUGAAAUCGGUUUUGCACUGACGCUGACCAUGAAACUGGAGAGAGAAUAA